CUUAAACAGACACACUGGCUUAAUAUUUACUACAACAAGAGAUUGAUCAUACGAUGUUCUUUCGUUUUUGCAUUUACACUUGUGGCAAAAUAUAUCUCCAUCUCUGCCACCAUCGGCAUCAUCACCAUACCAUCAUCGUCGUCGACAUUAUAUCGUAGUCGUCACCGCUACCAGCACCAAACCUAGAAAUUGAGAAGAUUAAAGGAAAGUGAAUCACUGUCGGUUAUAUGGUCUGAUUGUUGGCUAGCGAUUUUUUCCUUUCUUGAAUUAAGAAUUUACGAUAUGCUUUUGGUGAACCCACCUUGUGGAAUAAUGCGCUACCCCAUUGCCGUAAUAUCAGCCUUAUGGAAUAUAGUUUUCGCUUCUGGCCUGAAUACGGAUGACACCGCGGAAAAAUUGGGAGCUUGCUUUCCGGAUUGGAGCAUAAGCACUGAUCAUGAAGAUUGGUCACUAUCCGAGAUUGAGACAGUCUGUGUGAGCAAAGGAUCAAAUGUCAAAGUUCAUGGAACAUUAGUCCCGGUCUCCGAGGUGUUGCUUACAACGUGGACAACCUGCAAAAACCAUUCGACCUUCAUAACUGUACAGACACAGGGCAAGCUGGUCGCAGUGUACAUGUACCUCGUGUGUUUCCUUGCUGUGUUACUCUUUGCUCUCACCGUUGCCAUGGUGAUUCUGUUAUUGAAGAUAAAGGGGCGUGGCGACGGUCGAGUAAGCAAAGCAAAAGAACACCCUACAAUAACAUAUGUCUUCGAGGCAGAUGAAACAGACAUGACAGAGGGCAAUCAAGAAAGCGCAAAUUUAGAAAACGAUUCGGAGGUGGUGAAAAGAAGACGACCAGAACCUACGCCCAAUCAAAGUUCUUCAUUUCGUAUAAACACGAUCAGAGCAAAGACUGACACACUGGGUAGAAUGAACGCCACGCAGAUGAUGGACAACCCUAUCUGUGUCCCGCCUGAGAAAUCUUACAGGGCAAACUACGUGUCUUCAAAUAAGCUGAAGCGUCAGGGAUGUGUUGUGGGAGAGGAGGGAAUUUAUGAGAAUAUCAAAAGGCCUGGCAAAUGCUUGAAACCUUUUUCUGCUGAAAUGAAUUAUGUGGGUAUUGAUAAAUAAAUGUAGUCAUGUCGUGCACAAGUCAAAGAGAGGGGUGCUGGGGUGGAUGAUGUAAACUCACACAAGGUUCCGUUGCCCAUGCCCUAUCAUAGUCCAUAAAAGCCACAUUAAGUGACAUUACCUGACGAAAGCUGAUUUAUUUCAUAUCACAUUUAAGAUCUACAUUUUCUAAGCCCACGCAGUUGGUCUUGUUUGAAUAUAACAUGAAAUAAUUUGUAUAUAUUACAACCAUAUUAAAACUAAUUGGUGAUUGACUGACAUUGUGAUUUCAAACACAAAAUGUUUACUGUGGCCCUCUAAUACCGAAUUUUAUAGCUUUAACACCACUGUCAUUACGUACAGACACAAUGACCCAUAUUUUGAAGGACAUGAUCUUACCCUGUGUUAAAUCAUCAUCAUGUUUUAUGAUAAUGAUUUAUUCUUAGUUGGUUGUGAAUGAUUUGAGUGUCAAAUGAGUUGACAAAUUGAAUUCGUACUGUUAGAGACAUCUGUCACAAUGGUCUAUCCAUAAUUGAAGGGUUUUUAUACUAGAAUUUGAAUUAAAUUCUCUUUCAGAAUACGGGCCAUUUAAAACAUGAUCUUAUGAAAUAAAUGCGCAUUUUAUCAAAGCAUCAUUAACUAUGUGUAAAAUCAUAGAUUCAUUUAUAACAUCAUCUGUUUUAAAACAUAGUUGGGCAUUGAAUUUGAAUCCCUUAAUGAAUGCUAUUAUUAUAUAUUUAAUUAAACGAAACCUUGAUCAAGAUCUUGCAUCAUAAUAAAUAGUUUAGGCCUGAUGUUAUUUAUUCAGCUAUGUUUAUGUCAGUAACCCAUGCUUACUUGAUUGCUUAGCGGUGAGCGUCAGCGUCCACCUCAUGAACAGCGGGUAAUUGAAUGGUUCGAUUGCCAACCAGGUCAUAUACAAUGAGCCCUUUCGCCUAAGACCUUUUAGCUAGGAGCCAGCUUUGAAAUGGGUCUUUUCAGAUUGGAUAUUGAAAAGGGAAAGAUUCAAGUGCCGAGAUACUUAUAACUUCCUGGAUGACGAAUUUAUUCAUUCAAUUUAGAAGAAAAGAAAAUGAAAGACAAGUAUCCACAACGCUUGGGUUGAUGAGAGGCAGAACCGGUCAGUUUUCGUAAUGAUUAAAGCGGUAGAUAAACAGAGGCGUACAUAAAUAUGCUGACAUAACUUCAUAAAAAUUACUAUAAUUUCUAUGACAAUCUUCAUUCAAACUGGACAAAUUAUUUAUUAUGCAUGGGGAAAGAUUAAAGUGCUAAGAUACUUAAGACUUCUGGAUGACGAAUUCAUUCAGUUAAUCAAGAGAAAAUGAAAAUGAAAGGCAAGUGUUAGUGUUCACAACGUUUUGAUAGAGGAGAGGCAGAACCAGUCAAUUUUCGUAAUGAUUAAAGAGGUACAAGUGGUAUGAAGUAUCCGAUUAGAUAUAGGCCAUUUAGCAUUUCACUUUGAUUUUUGAUUACAUUUUGGAUUCAUUAUGCAUUAUAUUAUGUUGAACGUAGUAAUAAGACCAAACAACAACUAAAUGUACAUAAAAGGGGUAUAUAAACAUGAUAAAUUAAGUUGGUAACACUUAUGUGGUUAUAAGCUGUUCAGAAAUAAUGGUAUCGACGUAGGGUAUACGGAGUGUUCUCUAGUGUAAAUUUACUUUGUCCUUUUCGUAAUCACGACUUCGAUUUCUUAAAGUUGUAAAUAUUAUGUAUGCAUAUAGAUUGAUUUAUCUAUAUAUAUA